CAUUUCUUCUUACAUUUCAGGAUUACCUUCAUUCAGGAGUUCCUCUGCGUUUUCAUAUUUCUUUCACUGUAUUUAAUUCCGCUCAAGCAGUUUUCUCCAAAUAAGAAUGCUAGCUAGAUUGAUAUGAUGAGUGCCUGCCUAAAGCUACAGAAAUGUUAUAGAUUGACAAUACUGUUUUUAUUUUUACAUAUUUUUUGCAACCAAAACAUUGUUGUUAGCUAGCUAGCUAUAGACAAGACUAGCACUAAAAAAUCAGAAAAAUGGACAGGAAAAAAGAUGCAGACCUCAGGUAAAAAAUGUAAAUUAUGGUAAAACUUUUGAACUUUUGUACUGUGGCAAUUAGAAUCAUUUCACUGAUACAUCUUCAAAUCUAAACUACUUGCAGCAAGCUAGCUAGCUAUAUUUUAAUUUUAAGAUAAAAAAGCCUCUAUCUGAAAAUCAAGUUUGAAAUGGACUGGUCCACGGCUCACUACCUGCAUUACUUUGCUUUUUAAUUUACAUAAGAGGUCUGGGGAUUAUAAACAACCAUUGGUAACAUAGCAUAAGCAUAACGCGUUCCCACCUAUCACAUAAACAUAGGAUUUAGCAAGAGGUAAGAGAGAACUUUUGGUUUUUUGGGCAUUGUCAUUGCUCAAGAAAUUUAUAAAAAAUUAGUAGUAAGAAAAGAAACACUAGUUUGGAGGAUUUUAAAAAAUAUAAGGCAGAUUUUUAUUAUAUAUUUCUUCUUCGAUUAAUUUUUUUCAUAAAUUUAUAGACAACAAGAUGGCCAUGUUGAUGCUUAUCAAGAUGACAUCAGCAUAAGAAUUUAAAAACAUUUUUUAUCUAAUAUCAUUCACAAUGAUAAAUCAUGGAAGAGAAAUCAACUUUACUAGUGAACUCAAGCAUAACAGAGCCUUUCACAAACUUUCAGCAAAAUGCAGAUGGUAAUUGGCUUUGUGAUAUAUGCGGACAUGGUGAGAAACAAAAAGAAGAUCUUUUGAUGCAUCGGAUACUACAUUUUUCAAAUGAGCAUCCAAGACAAUGUCCUAUAUGUAAAAAGACAUUUGCCUCAUCCACCUCUCUUCGUAAUCAUCUCACUGCCGUACAUACUGGUAUAAAAAAAUUCAGGUGCAAGUACUGUUCCCGGAAAUUUGGGUGGAGAGCCCAGUUAUCCAUUCACGAAAACCUUCACACUGGCAAAGGUUUACACCAUUGCCAAAUCUGCUCGAAAACAUUUAUGACUAAAUGGCUGUUACAGAGACAUCUAAAAAUCCACGAGAGAGGGAUACAACGACACCGAAAGGAUCCAAAUAAGUGUUGUUUAUCCCCUGACAGAUCUGUGUUAAUUGAUAACUCGGAUCAUAAUUUGUCUAAGUUAUCUUCUCAAUUAAACAAAAGGAAGAGUGCGCAAAUUUCUAUGAGCAUGCAAAAAAGUGUAGAGAGUACAAAACUUCAUAUGUGCCAUGAAUGCAACGGAAUGUUUGUUAGUAAAGAAGCACUAGCGUUUCAUCUCCUAAAACAUAACUCGUCUAAACAAAAGUUAAAUCCGAAGCAAAGGUUAAGUGAAGCAUUGCUUGACAAAGACGGGGGAGAGACUUCCGAUACCAAUUUGUCCAAUUCCGAAGAAUGCAUGAACGAGGAGUUUGAUGUAAGCGAAAUCGACAGCAAAAAUAAACAUUUGAACGCGAAACAUACGACAAAAGGUUCUUUAACGUCUAUAGUGUCUAAAUUACAUCAUAAAGUUGAUGAGAAAAAGAAGUAUGGAAACGAAGAUGUUAUCGAAGUACAAAUUGUCGGAAGUAGCGAUGAGAGUUAUUUACCUAACGAGGAAGAGAACGUUCAAAAAACGGAACUGACUCACGACUUUAACAUGUUCGUCCAGUCGAAUCAGCAUAUGUCAAAAUGUGAAGAUCCAUUCAUCAGUGGAAUAGUGCAAAACGUGCUCCCUCACGGUGCUUCUUCUAAUAGUUCUAAUGUUACCACAAAUAAUGUUAGACCUGGAAAAGAUGUGGAUAUUUCUGUUUAUUGUAAGGAAAUGGUAAAACUUCAAGAACAAAUUUCGUUUUUGAAAAACGAACUGCUAGAACAGAAAACAGAUCACGCGCGGAAAUUAGCAAGCCUUAACGAUAAAAUUGACAGUCUUACGAACUUAAUUUCUUCACAGUCCUUAAUAUUAAACAGAAUUAUUUUAGGGGGGAAAAUGAGUGUAACUGGAACCUUAGAUUUCUGUGUUCACCAAAAUAACGAUCAAUAAUAUUUCGAAUGUGCAUAAGUAA